AAAAUAUAUGCGCAUUUAUUGCUGUCAGAAUCAGGUUAAAUCAGCAGGCGACUAUAAUUACUAUUCGAGGAAAACAAGACCUAGAUCGAAUUGUUUAAUCAGGGCAACAUUAUCUUUAUCAGCUGCAAAUAUAGAUUUUAUGAUGAAGCAUAAAUGCUAAUACUUUUCAAAAAGUAUAUGCUUUGAUACGGUGGAAAGGAACGAUAAAAACAUUGGCUUGAAAAUACUCAGUCAUGAUGUCUGCAAGAACUUGGCUACUAAUUUCUAUUAUAAUUCGAUGUGUAACAUCUACAGAGAGCGGAACAAUGCAGACAACAGAAAAGAUUGAAUCAUUGAUAACAACAGCACGACCCGGACUGCUGGAUGAAAUGUCUUCUCCGGGUUCACUUACAAUACACCUGAACAGACACACAAAGGACCCUGGUCUGUUUUACAAAAACGAAACGGUAGAUGAUGAACAUGUGCAUAAUGCAUCACCGGGCGAUCAAGCACCUUCAACAAGAAACACAACACUGAACGAUAACAAUACUACUAUUGAUGAACGUCAUAUUGCAGCUUCAAAACUAGCCAUGUGGCAAAGCACUUGGCAAUACGAUACUAUGAUAUUUGUAGAAAACUAUGUCAACAAAAUUGUCAU